AUGGCGCUUCGAUACAACGUCAUAAGUCGGAAAUGACGUAUCUACGACGUUCAUCCACGUAGCUCAUGAUUAUCUUGUAAUCGUGUUGAUUGACGUCAAAUACGACACUUUGUAUAACGUUCUCUGUUCGUGCACAACAAAUUUUAUUAUCAUGGAUCAGGUUAAAAAACUAACAGAACCAGGACGCCAGUUCGCCAAAGACAGUAUACGUCUUGUAAAAAGAUGUACAAAACCAGAUCGAAAAGAGUUUCAAAAAAUUGCAAUCGCAACUGCCAUCGGUUUUUGUAUAAUGGGUUUCAUAGGAUUUUUCGUGAAAUUAAUUCAUAUCCCUAUCAAUAAUAUCAUUGUGGGUUCGUAAAUUCGUACUAUAUAAAAAAUAUUGUUAAGCUAUAAUAAGUUCACCUGGUCUGUCCUCCGCUCCUAUUUUAACUUAAUUUAUAUAAUAUAAUAUUUGUUUAUUAAAUUUAUCAUGAUUAUAGAAAUAAAUACAUAAGAUGUGUAUAAUACAAUGAGUUUUAUAAUAAAAUAAGAAGAAAUAAUCGAUCUUUUUUUAUUGAUGGUUUUUAAAAAAACAAAAUAUUAAUAUCCAAGGCACUUUUAUUUAGAAAAUUAAUGAUUUUCUCUAUGUUUACAAUAUUAAAUUUCUAAAGCCAUUAUGCUAAUAUUAUGUUAGCAUGUUAUUUACAGUUUUUAUUUUCGACAGAAAAAUAUCGUGCAAAAAAAGAACUAUGAAAAAGGAAAAAAACACAAGUUUCGAGUGAGUUUAAUAUGAGUAAAAAGUAAUCAUAGAAAAUUUUAUCAAAAAAAAAAGCCUGGAC